CCGCUAACAAGGUGAAAUAGGAAAUUUCACGCGGCCUCGCGCGGACAAUUUUUUAGCUCAAAAAAUGUAGAAUUUAUUCAAUAAGAAUGGCCUAUGUCACAAUCGAUUUCGACGAUCUCGAGUUCUUCGAGAAGUGCGGAGGGGGUGCGUUUGGUUCUGUGUACAGGGCAAGGUGGAAGUCGCAAGACAAAGAGGUGGCGGUGAAGAAGCUACUGAGCUUGGGGAAAGAGGCAAGCAUUCUGAGCAUGCUCAGUCACAAGCAUAUCAUCAAGUUUUUUGGAGCAGUCAACUCAAAGCCAAACUUCUGCCUUGUUACAGAAUAUGCUGCUAAUGGAUGUCUUUAUGAUCACCUUGCAAACAAUAAGCUCAAUUUUGAGCAAAUUCUAAGAUGGUCCACAGAGAUCGCACUUGGAAUCAAUUAUCUCCACCAUGAAGCUCCAGUGAAAGUAAUUCACAGAGAUCUGAAGUCCAAAAAUGUUGUGAUUUGCUCUAACCUAACAAUCAAAAUUUGUGACUUUGGUACAUCAAGAUUCCUUAACAACACAACUAAAAUGUCCCUGGUGGGAACCUAUCCUUGGAUGGCUCCUGAGGUGAUCCAAAGCUUACCUAUCUCUGAGGCCUGUGACACUUUUUCAUAUGCUGUGGUCUUGUGGGAGAUGCUAACCCAAGAGGUACCCUUUAAAGGACUUCUUGGUGUGCAAGUUGCUUGGCUGGUUGUGGUUGAGGGAGAGAGGUUGACUAUUCCAAGCACUUGCCCUGAAAGGUUUGCAAAGCUCAUGAGUGAAUGCUGGCUUGCAGAACCAAAGGAACGUCCAGAUUUUAUGGAAAUCCUGACCAUACUGAAAUCAAUGAAUGGAGAUGCGUCUUUGCAGCGGGAAACAGACUCUUUCAUCCAACAGAAAAUGGAAUGGAGUAAUGAAAUUGAAGCUACCUUAAACAGACUUAAGAAGUUAGAAAAGGAUCUGACUGUCAAAGAGAAGGAAUUACGUGAGAGAGAAAUACGUAUUCUUGAAAGAGAGAAGGAAAUAACUGAGCUACAAUCACUUUCAAAGGUUCUGGACAAACAUGAUGUAAAUGCUUGGUCAGAGAGCGACGUGUGUUUGUGGCUGCAGCAAGUUGCACAGAAUAGUGGCCACAAGGAUUUGAUUAUGUAUGUACCUCUGUUCCAGGAUAAUCACAUCACUGGUCGAAGACUUGUUCUGCUAACAGAGGAUAAUUUGAAAGCACUGGGCGUGGAAUCCUUAGGACACAGGAUUGAAUUAAUGGAACAAAUUGGACAUCUGAGGUCUGAGAGUGAAUCGAUGAUGCAUUUUCCACCGCUGCAAUCUAAGGAUGGCUGUUCUUUGGUCAAUGGUAAUCCGACGAAUCAACAGCAGCAGCAACAACAACAGCAGUUAACUCUUAUCUUGAUGUUCGGGAAUCAUUGUAGAAUGGGACAAUCAACACAGCAGGAGCACAAGUGGAAGAUGUUCUUGGAAAUCGAUGGCGAUGAAACGGCCUUGCUUCUGGUGAAGAGCGUAACCUUCUUCAUCAAGUCAACCAGUGAGGUCCAAACAAUUAAUCAGCCUCCUUAUGUAAUGGACCGCUGGAGGAAUAGUACUGCGGGCGCACCUCCUGUGGUCGAGUGCAUAGUGAAUUAUGAGGGUGAUGUGAAGAAGCCAAAGAGUACAAAACAUCUUCACACAGUUGUACUCCAGGAGACUGGGUCAACGGUUACAAAAACUGUCCAGUUAACAUUGAAGCAGUCUGCGGUUUCCAGCGCAGCUGCCAGAAUGAACAACCGCCUGGAGACGCCUUCAUCACAAUCUCCCACCCCUCCCGGCUCGCCAAGCGUUCUCAAAGCCUCGGGUUCAAGACGCUCUUCCUUCUCCAAUCCCCCGCAACCGCUAUUGAACGCGGUUCGUAGCAAGCAGGAGAAUUUCACGAGUGCAUUCCCGGUGACGUGGGCUCAGAGAGUAGCCUUCAGUACUCCCACUGGCCCCUCAAAAAGUCCUCAGAAGAGUCCGUCAAGAUUGGUCCCUUCCGCUGGACCCUCUCCGGUACGGAGCCCAACUAAUAGCUCUCCUUGGAGCGCCUCCAGCAGCUCGCAGUCUAACAGAGCUUAUCCGCCGAACUGGGAUGCAAGCUGGAUCUCUGACAGCAGUCCCAAGCCUCGCUCAUCUACUUUUCCCCUUGAAUCCACUCAAGGUCCUGGGAAAGAGUCAAGAUCGAAUCAACAACAGCAGCGAUCGAGAGGGAGGGGAGGCAGGUGCAGAGGUGCGAGUGGAGGACGCUAUUGGGAGCAGAACUAUCAACGCAGUGUCAGCGACUCAAAAUAUGCUGCAAGAAGCCCGCAUUUUCAGGACAAUGAAGGAAUAAAACAUCGUACAACCACUAGCGAAGGAGCAGUGCCGCCUGCCUAUAGAAAAAUCAGCGAUUUCUCAAGAAAUCGCGCACAGCGAGGUAAAACUCGCGCUGUGGAUGACGAUGGAGAAAAAGGUGACGCGAAAAAUAGUGAAGAGUCGACGUCCAGCAGAGGUGACAGUGCAAGUACGCAAAGUAGCAGUGACAGCACCGCGGACUGGUGCACUGUAACACACAGGAAGACUCAUUCACAGAGAACUGAAAGCGCAGAUUCACGAACAAGCGACCAAAGAACGUUUGAUCAGUCACGCGAUAAGCGAACCUUCGGUGAGGGGAGGGGCGGAAGGGGCGGCCAUCAUGGUAGGGGCAAUCGGGGUCGAGGCGACCGGGGUCGGGGCGAUCGGGGUCGGGGCCGGGGCCGGGGCCGGAGCAGUGGUGGCCCCGGGGGACGUGGAAGGGGUGGAAGGGGGUAGAAUUAAUCACAUGCCAAGAGCGACUCAUGUCUUGGUCACCCGCUUACGACGAAGCAAGUGGUUAUUGAAUCCAUUGUUUUUAUAGAGGAAUUGUUUGCUAGAAAGAAACGGCAAUGGCCUCAGAUCGAAUCCCAGAGAAGCGGCGCAUAGAAAAGACGUGUUGUUGCUUUCCUCCUAUGAUAAUAUGAUCCCAGGCUAAUUUAAUGUAUUCAGUCUCAAUUGUCAAACUCUUGGGAAAGAAAGUUAUUCUCGGUCGUUUGCUAUUUUUAAGGCAAUUAAACAAAAAAUACUAACAGGGAAUUAAUUUAAAAAUAAUACGAAAUAAAUCUUUGAUAUCCACACAUUUUCUCUUACAUUCCAUCACGCGUUUCAUAUCUUCAUUUUUAUUCAUCAUCUUGGUACCUUUUGCUACACAACACAUCAUUUCAUUAUUGAGAAUACAUCCAGAGUUACACAGUCGUCCAACGUAAUAAUGUUGCGAAACACUGAUCCAGUACAGUAAAAUGAAUAGUAAUUAUUUUUUCCAGAAUUUAAUUGAUAAGAACAACAAUAAAUUUUGAAAUAUUCCAUUUAA